GAGCAAAACUACGUGCUGGAGACGAUGACCUUCAUAAAGAGGAUGAUGAAGAGCAGGAGGAUGACACAAAAAGUACUACAUCUUCUAGUAAAACAGAUGCGAUGUCUGAAGCAAGUACGCGGCCAAGUAGUGCAGGAGGAGUUUCGGAUGUAGAAAGUCUGCUCUUUGACGCGAUGAGAAAACGCACCACCGCCGAUUUGCAUCAGCUCGCAGGAAGGAGUGGAAUGCUUCGCUGGGGUUGUCUCGCGGAAGCCCCUUCUUCAGCUGAGAUCAGGAAGAUUUCACAAUCGGACUCGGCAGAAAAUAGUUCAACCGAAGAGCAGAUGACUGGAAAAUGGGCUUCGAACCUCCUUCAUCAUCAAGAGGGAAGGGAGGGAGACAGGGAAAGAAGAGCACGGCACAGGAGUUCUAGAAGCGGACCUCCUGGACCUUUUUCCUUGCGGCCAGUUACGAACGUCGUCGUCGCGGACCCUCGUUCACAUACUCCAGACAGUUUUUAUGCAGCCUUGAUCUCUCCUGUGGAGCAGUUUUUCGCGUAUUUACUCCGUGCAGCAUCUACGAAAACGAAAAAAUUUGCAGGCGCGA